UCCUUUAUUCUUAAACACGUAGAGCUGGAAGAUCGCCAUACACUCAUACACCAAAAACCGAAAAGCCCAGCGGAAUGAAGGACAGUGGAGAUCUCAAACGUGCACAUGAAGAUUCAAAAUCACAACUCCAAGCUGCAGAAGGUAUUGGAGAUGACAGGAUCAGUGCGUUACCGGAUGAGAUUCUCUGUCAUAUACUCUCUCUCCUCAUCCCGUUAUAUUCUGUCCGGACCACUGUCUUGUCUAAGAGGUGGAACAACUUGUGGACUAGUUGUAUUACCAACCUUGAUUUUGACAUGUAUGAUUUCCGUUCAUCAUGGCAUAACUAUCGCAUUUUCGUCAGGUUCGUUAAUCGGGUGUUGGCCUUACGCGACUCAUCGUUAGACAUCAGAAGAUUUCGUGUUGAUUGGGUCGAUUGUGAAGAUUUCUCUAUUAUUGAUCGUUGGAUACGUGCCGCCAUCAAGGCUAAUGUUGUUGAGCUUGAUGUUUCUUUUUCUGUGGAAUGUUCUGGUGAACCUUACUUGGUGCGUCCUUUCGAAAUGCCUCGAAGUGUUUUUACCAGCAAAUCACUGGUGGCUUUGAAGGUGAAGUCAGAUUAUCUUACCUAUUCUCUUCCUACAACAGGUUGUUAUUUCCCAAGUCUCAAGUUCCUUCAUUUUUCUUCUGGGUAUAAUUCCGAUUCGGCCUCAGAGGAAAAUCUUUUCCGUAGCUGCCCUGUACUCGAAGAGUUGACUAUAGAAGGACAUCAUAAGGAAGAUGUUUUGAAUUUCAACAUAUCUGCACCUGAAUUGCGGAUGCUAACGACCAUCAUUUCAGAAGAAAGGCAUGAUGAAGAAUUUGAUGAAUCGGAUGAAGAUUCUGGCGGAGAAGGUUCUGGAGAAUAUAGGGUAGAACCCUGCAAUUUCUUUAUCGAUGCCCCGAAACUUGAAAACUUCUGUGUUGCGGGAGAGGUUAUGUCAAAGUAUAUUUUGGAGAACUCAACCUCCUUAGUUCAAGCCAAAGUUCAACUCCAAGAGUUCCAUGAAGCUUGCGCUCACCGUGUUGCUGAGUUCUUGGAUAGAAUUUCAAGCGUCAGAUAUAUGGUCCUUUCAGCUCCUGAUUUUAAGCCUUGUUUGCCGCAUGUUUUUAGUAAUUUGAUCAAGCUAGAGCUGGUUUUUUACAAUCAGUCUUGCUGGAAAUGGCUUGCCGACGUGCUCAACAUAUCGCCUAAUCUAGAAUAUCUUGUCUUAGACUUUGCAAAAAUCAAAUCAGGAGGACGAGAUUCAUUGCCUGAUUUGGAAUCUUUUGGCGAUGACUUUGCAAGCAUCAACAUGAGAGAAGGAUGGGAUUCCUUCCAUCCACCAGAGUUUUUGCCUAGUUGUUUGUCUUCACAGCUCAAGACUAUCUCCAUAAAGGGAUUCAAAGGAACACCGAAUGAGAUUGGCGUGGCAGUGUAUUUGUUAAUCUAUGGUGAAGUUCUAAAUAAGGUGAUUGUGUCUUGUGAGAGUUGUUCCAGCAUUCGCGGUGCAAAGGAGAAGAUUUUAUCCUUUGUAAAGGGUUCAAAGACAUGUCAAGUUAGUUUUAUCUGAGAAAGUUUUAUCUGAGUUAGUUUUAUCUGAGAAAGUUUUAUCUAACAUGUCAAUUAAAAGGAGGUUCCAUCAUGGUAUUUUAUUUUUCUCAAAGGUAUGUCAGUAUCUUUUGGUUAUUGACUUGGUUUGCAGCUACGAGAAUAUUUCAAGUUUAAUUCUGUCUAAUACUUGGAAGUCUCUAGUCUUCUUUGUUUCUUUAAGUUAUCAACGGGUUGAAGGCCGCAAG